CCAAAAGAAGAAGAAAAAGUAAAGGAAGAAGAAGAAGAAAUAAUAAGCAAAGAUGGCGGCGUUUCCGACAUGGCUGUUUUUGUGAACUUUUGUACUUUGUUCCUUGGUGCACCGACAUUCCUUUUCACUUAAUAUUAAAGUAGACACAUUCCCGUUGUGCAGGACAGCAGCGCUGCCUGUCUCCUCGGGUGCGUCCUGGUGUCCGUUAACUGAGAGCGGGGAAGUAACGUUAAAUAAGACGGCGGUGACAUACGGCUCAGAAACAGAAAUAACGUCACUUUAGCAGCUCCGACAUGAAGGAGGGUUUGGCUCUGGUCCAGAGACUGAACGCACAUCCGGACUCCCGGUGCUGGUUCGUCAGCUGGAGCCCAACCGGAACGCUGCUGGCCUCAUGUGGGGGCGACAAGGCCAUCCGGAUAUGGGGACGAGAGGGUGACUCUUGGAUAUGUAAGAGUGUGCUUCAGGAUGGACACCAGCGCACUGUGAGGAAAGUGGCUUGGUCUCCCUGUGGGAAUUAUCUGGCCUCUGCCAGCUUCGAUGCAACCACUUGUAUUUGGAAAAAAAAGAACGAUGGUUUUGAGAGUUUGACUGUGUUAGAAGGACAUGAAAAUGAGGUCAAGUGUGUGGCGUGGGCACCUUCAGGGAAUCUGCUGGCAACAUGUAGCCGAGACAAGAGUGUCUGGGUCUGGGAAGUGGAUGAAGAAGAUGAGUACGAGUGUGUCACCGUUGUGAACUCUCACACACAAGACGUCAAGCAUAUUGUGUGGCACCCGACACAGGAGCUCCUCGCUUCAGCCAGCUACGACAACAACGUUUGUAUUUACAAGGAAGAGGAUGAUGACUGGGAGUGUCGGGCCACCUUGCAAGGACACACAUCCACAGUCUGGAGUUUGGCUUUUGAUGCCAACGGACAGAGGCUGGCCUCCUGCAGCGACGACCGCACCGUAAAGAUUUGGAAAGAGUUUCCCAGUGAAGGUGGACAAGGGGACUUGUCAUGGAAGUGUGUUUGCACUCUGUCUGGGUAUCAUGGACGAACAGUGUAUGAUGUCUCCUGGUGUCGGCUGACAGGCGCCCUGGCGACUGCCUGUGGUGACGAUGCAGUGCGAGUGUUCAAGGAGGAUGAGACGGCCGAUCCAGCCCAGCCGGUGUUCUCGCUGUCUGCUCAGGUGAAAGCUCACAGCCAGGAUGUCAAUUGUGUCGCCUGGAACCCAAAGGAGGCCGGACUACUGGCCGCCUGCAGCGAUGACGGGGAAAUCACCAUCUGGAGGUUCCAGGAGGAAGACUGAACAGAACUGAAGACGUUUUCGCAAGCAACACUGGGAACUGUGCGGUCACCACACAUCAUAUUGUUCAUCCAACUAUUACAGCUUUUCUAGAUAGCUCACCAGGAUUCAGCUUGAUAUUACGGUGUCUAAACUUAAUGCAUCACCAUAUAUUUAGCUCUGUUAGUCUACGUAUUUCUGUAUAAGACCUGGCUUAAGAAUUUCACAUUACAUGAUGUUUAUAAAAAAUAAAUUACAUAUAACCAA